UGUCUAGACUACAACGACUCUUUCUCCAUGUUUCUGGCUGUACCAGAUAUUCACAGGCCAGUUAAGACCAUCAAAGAUCUGGAGAUGGCCAUCUCUAGACAGCACAUUGAAAAGUGGAGGACAGCUGUCAGAAAAAGAAAAACUGACAUCUAUGUCCCCAAGCUCUCUCUGAAAACAUCAUAUUCCCUGAAAGAUAUUUUGAAAGGAAUGGGAAUGGCUGAUAUGUUUACAGAUAAAGCCGACUUCACAGGAAUUUCAGAGGAAAGGAUGCUCAUUUCAAAGGCUUUGCAUAAGGCCAGUCUGGAUCUAGAUGAGAAAGGAACCACCGCAGCAGCAGUGACAACGGUUGAUUUCAGACUAUUGUCCUACAGCCCAUUGAAAACUUUGCAUUUUGACCGUCCAUUCAUGAUCUUUAUCACUGACCAAAAAAAUGACAACAUCCUCUUCUUUGGAAAAGUUGUCAAUCCGGCGGAAAAACAAUAAUGUGACAUUCAUGAUGCCAUGACAACAUUAGCCAGCAGGUGGCCAUGAUUUAAACAACUGUUGUGUCAUUAUUUUGCUGCAUGUUUGAUGUAGGACAGAGGUACUCAAUCCUUCUUCUAGAGCAGGGGUUUCAAACUCAAUUCCUGGAGGGCCGGAGC